CAGCGGAUCAACUUCAUUUACACGCAAACAGACGUGGUGUUCGCAUUCGAUUCCAACUCAAGUUAGAUCUCCGGGACGACAAUCUGGAUCUCAUCUUCUCUCCUCUCGAUGUGCCUUUAAUAUAUCAUUUACUAUUUCAAAUCCAAUAUUAGUAUCAGUGUUUUCACGAAAUUGUGAACAUAACAAUAUAUAAAUAUACAUGGGAGGUGAGAGAGCAUAACAAUGAGAUUAAAGAAGAAAGCUACUGUUCAUAAAUCUUCUGCUUCUUCUUGUUCAGAUACAACUGUUUCGUCGAUUUCAGGACUUCAUGCAAAGCAUCAACAAGAACUAGAAAAUCUGACUCUGACAACACAACCUUUUAAAACAUUAAAGCUUUUUACUUUGGCUGUUAUUCAAUACGUUAAGCAGUCUGUACUAUAUCUGUUGGCACAUGGUGGUUGGCUUAUGCUUCUGAGUGCCAUCGUGGUGCUAAUUGGGAUACUGCUAGUGAUCAUUGAUGGUCCUCAUGAAAAGCAUCUUGAAGAAGUCCUGCAAUAUUUACGGUUUGGCUUGUGGUGGGUGGCCCUUGGUGUUGCAUCUUCCAUUGGUCUUGGAUCUGGUUUGCACACUUUCGUCCUUUAUCUGGGCCCUCAUAUUACCCUAUUCACGAUAAAGGCGAUACAGUGUGGCCGAGUCGAUAUUAAAAGUGCUCCAUAUGAUACAAUACAAUUAAAAAGAGGCCCUUCAUGGCUGGACAAGAAUUGCUCAGAGUUUGGGCCCCCAGUGUUCUCUUCCUUAUCUGGCGCACGGGUUCCUUUGAGCAGCAUAUUACCUCAGAUCCAGUUGGAGGCUAUUCUGUGGGGCAUUGGAACUGCACUGGGAGAGCUUCCUCCAUAUUUUAUUUCAAGAGCAGCAAGUUUGUCAGAUAGCAAAUUUGAUGCCAUGGAAGAAUUGGAUGAUUCCUCGACUGAAGGUCAUGGAGUCAUAGCUACUCGCCUAAAUCAAAUGAAGCGCUGGUUCCUAUUACAUUCACAGUACUUGAACUUCUUUACUAUUUUGGUGCUUGCUUCAGUGCCAAAUCCUUUAUUUGAUCUUGCUGGCAUAAUGUGUGGACAAUUCGGGAUCCCUUUUUGGAAGUUUUUUCUUGCAACAACGAUUGGAAAGGCAAUCAUUAAAACUCACAUACAGACGGUGUUCAUUAUUUCAGUGUGCAAUAAUCAACUUCUUGACUGGAUAGAAAAUGAGUUGAUUUGGGUGCUUAGUCUUAUACCUGGUUUUGAUUCUGUGCUGCCCAAUCUCAUUGCUACACUUAAUUCAGUAAAAGCCAAGUAUUUGGCAACAAAACCUGCUGUGCCAACAAAUAUCAAGGUGAAGAAGUGGGGUUUCUCAUUUGCUUCAAUUUGGACCACAGUUGUGGGUGUCAUGCUAAUCAACUUUUUUGUUAAGAUUGUGACUGCAACUGCACAGAGAUAUCUUAAAAAACAGCAGCGAAAGGAGUUAGCCAACCUAAAAGACGAACCUUCAGCUUCAAGCGUCUCAGAUGACUCUCAUCCUUUGUCUCAGUGAACUUGCAGAGCAACUUCAUAUGCCUUUUCCUUUUUUCUUUCUUCAUUUUUUUCCCUGUUUAGAAGUAGGGGUGAUGAAACUUGAGCGACAACUUUCAUGAGUCGCCAUUGAAGGCACCCAAAACAUUCUCUGCUUCCAAAGCCAUAAUUAGAAAAUUGUAUAGAAAGGUCAGAAGCGGCAGGUUUAUUUAUUCGAUGUAGUGUGGGGAAAGCUUGGGAAGGGUUGGUUCGGGGGGGAAGAUGGUUGCCAUUGUUAACUGGAACAGUACUAUUCUUUGGCAAUGCAAGCCAAAUUAUAUGCUUGUGUUAUUUUCCAAUGCUCAGAAUUCAGUUUUAUGUAUAAGUGAUUGUCAUACUGUAAUUUGCAUUUACGGAACAGAAUAG